AUGGUCAAAGGUGGAAAUUUGGCAAAGGUGAUGGACCACGAGGCAUUAUCCAUAUACACAACGACACUUUUUGGUAUCGAGUGUUUCUUUCUGCCGAUCUUGGGCUCGCAGACUCCUUUUUGCUCGGAGAGUUUUCGACGCCGGACUUGGUGGCAAUUAUUCAAGGUUUUCAUUUUCAAUGAGCGGAACCUCUCCGGUCCAACCACUAGGCCCUAUCAGCUCAUUUCAACCGUCUCAGAUCUCCUCUUCCGAACUUUCGAUACCGGUACCUUUAUAAAUGUCCGUCUUAACAUAACCGCUGCCUAUGAUCUCUCCAAUGAGAUGUUUGAAGCCUUUCUCUCACCCGAUAUGACCUAUUCUUGUCCUAUUUAUCUGGAGCGGACCGAUCCAAAUUUUGAAAGCGACACUCUCGAAGCCGCCCAGAUGCGCAAGCUGGAUAAGAUACUGGCGAGCGUGAAUGCACAGCCUACAGGUCAUAUCCUGGAGCUUGGAACAGGAUGGGGAUCUAUGUGUAUUCGAGCAGCUACAACAAUUGGCUGUAAAGUGACGACUUGUACGCUGUCGGAGAUGCAGUACCAGCUGGCAAGGAAGCGCGUGAAAACACUUGGGUUGGAAGAUAAGAUCACCAUUCAUUUAUGUGAUUAUCGUUUGCUGCCCAUGCCAGAAACGCCUUACGAUAAAAUUGUUUCAGUGGAGAUGAUGGAAGCUAUGGGCGACCAUGAAUUGGAGACUAUGUGGGCAACGAUCGAUCGGGUCUUGAAACCUCGCGGUGGCAUUUGCUCGAUCCAGACAACUACUAUGCCAGAAUCGAGAUACAAGAACAUGUUUCCCAAGGGUGAAGGAUUGCUCGAAGCAGUUCAAAAGUCAAACGCUCAACUAGACUUGGACUCUGUGGUGCAGUAUGGCUCUCAUUAUGGAAGAUGUCUGCUUGAGUGGAAUCAAAAAUUCCAAGCAAAUUAUCGGGAUGUCAUCUCUCCACUAUUGCGUGAGAAAUAUCAACUAUCGGACGAGGACCUGGAGAUAUUUUACCGAAAAUACGUCUAUUACUUCGAAUACACUGCAGCCGGAUUCGAAACCAAGGCCCUGAGCAUGUCCCAUGUCACUUUCAGUCGGCCUGGUACGUUGGCUUUGCUCCAGGAUGUAUAG